AUGCCCCGCGCCGCCCCCCGGUGGCCGCCGCUCCUGCUGCUGCUGCCGCUGCUACCGCUGCUGCCGCCGCCGCUGCCGCCGCUCGCCCGCGGCGCCCCGGCCAGGCCUGCAGGCGGGGGGCCGGCCUCGGCGCUGGUGGUGCCCACGCGGUUGCCGGGCGGCGCGGGCGAGCUCGCGCUCCACCUGUCCGCCUUCGGCCGCGACUUCGAGCUGCGCCUGGCGCCCGACGCCAGCUUCCUGGCGCCCGAGUUCAAGAUCGAGCGCCUCGGGGGCUCCGGCGGGGCGGCCGGGCGCGAGCAGCAGCUGCGCGGCUGCUUCUUCUCGGGCACGGUGAACGGGGAGCCCGAGUCGCUGGCCGCCGUCAGCCUGUGCCGCGGGCUGAGCGGCUCCUUCCUGCUGGACGGCGAGGAGUUCACCAUCCAGCCUCAGGGCGCGGGGGGCUCCUUGCACCGGCCGCACCGCCUGCAGCGCUGGGGGCCCGGGCGCGCCGCCGCCGCCGAAGCCCAGCCCUUGCCCGGAGCGCCCGAGGGGGAGGCGGAGAAGGGAGAGGGUCAGAGGCAGGAGGAGGCGGAGGAGGAGGAGGAGGAGGAGGAGGAGGACGAGCAGGGCAAAGAAGAGGAGGCAGAAGGCGCCAGCGAGCCGCCGCCGACCCUGGGGGCCACGAGCAGGACCAAGCGGUUUGUGUCUGAGGCUCGCUUCGUGGAAACGCUGCUGGUGGCCGACGCGUCCAUGGCUGCUUUCUACGGAGCCGACCUGCAGGACCACGUCCUGACGCUGAUGGCUGUGGCGGCCCACAUCUACAAGCACCCCAGCAUCAGGAACUCCAUCAACCUGAUGGUGGUGAAGGUGCUGAUCGUGGAGGAUGAGAGAUGGGGCCCCGAGGUGUCCGACAACGGCGGGCUGACGCUGCGCAACUUCUGCAGCUGGCAACGGCGCUUCAACCAGCCCAGCGACCGGCACCCCGAGCACUUCGACACGGCCAUCCUGCUCACCAGACAGAACUUCUGCGGGAAGGAGGGCUUGUGUGACACCCUGGGCGUGGCGGACAUUGGCACCAUCUGUGACCCCAGCAAGAGCUGCUCCGUGAUCGAGGACGAGGGCCUGCAGGCGGCCUACACUCUGGCCCACGAGCUCGGGCACGUCCUCAGCAUGCCCCACGACGACUCCAAGCCCUGUGCUCGGCUCUUCGGGCCCCUGGGCAAGCACCACAUGAUGGCGCCCCUCUUCGUCCACCUGAACAAGACGCUGCCCUGGUCCCCCUGCAGCGCCAUGUACCUCACGGAGCUCCUGGACGGCGAGCACGGAGACUGUCUCCUGGACGCCCCUACCUCGGCCCUGCCUCUGCCCACAGGCCUCCCGGGCAGCAGGGCCCUCUACGAGCUGGACCAACAGUGCAAGCAGAUCUUUGGGCUGGGCUUCCGCCACUGCCCCAACACCUCUGCUCAGGACAUCUGUGCCCAGCUCUGGUGCCACAUGGAUGGCGCCGAGCCCCUUUGCCACACGAAGAACGGCAGCCUGCCCUGGGCGGACGGGACGCCCUGCGGGCCCGGGAGCCUCUGCUUGGGUGGCAGCUGCCUGCCUCAGGAGGAAGUAGAGAAGCCCAAGGCCGUGGUGGAUGGAGGCUGGUCCCCGUGGGGACCCUGGGGAGAAUGUUCACGGACCUGCGGAGGAGGAGUACAGUUUUCACACCGCGAGUGCGAGGACCCCGAGCCUCGGAACGGAGGGAGAUACUGCCUGGGUCGGAGAGCCAAGUACCAGUCGUGCCACACGGAGGAGUGCCCCCCUGAUGGGAAGAGCUUCAGGGAGCAGCAGUGUGAGAAGUACAAUGCCUACAAUUACACGGACGUGGAGGGGAACCUGCUGCAGUGGGUCCCCAAGUACGCAGGGGUGUCCCCCCGGGACCGCUGCAAGCUCUUCUGCCGAGCCCGGGGGCGGAGUGAGUUCAAAGUGUUCGAAGCCAAGGUGAUCGACGGCACCCCGUGCGGGCCCGAGACUCUGGCCAUCUGUGUCCGUGGCCAGUGUGUCAAGGCUGGCUGUGACCACGUGGUAGACUCGCCUAGGAAGCUGGACAAAUGCGGCGUGUGCGGCGGCAAAGGCAACUCGUGCAGGAAGGUGUCCGGUUCCCUCAACCCCUCCAGUUAUGGCUACAGUGACAUCGUCACCAUCCCAGCUGGCGCCACUAACAUUGACGUGAAACAGCGGAGCCACCCAGGGGUCCAGAACGACGGCAACUACCUGGCCUUGAAGACCGCCGACGGGCAGUACCUGCUCAAUGGAAACCUGGCCAUCUCCGCCGUGGAACAGGACAUCCUGGUGAAGGGCACCAUCCUCAAGUACAGCGGUUCCAUCACCUCCCUGGAGCGGCUGCAGAGCUUCUGGCCCCUGCCUGAGCCCCUGACCGUGCAACUCCUGACAGUCCCUGGGGAGGUCUUUCCCCCCAAAGUCAAAUACACCUUCUUUGUCCCUAAUGACGUGAACUUCAGCAUACAGAGCAGCAAAGAGAGAGCGACGACCAACGUCAUCCAGCCCCUGCUCAACGCGCAGUGGGUCCUGGGAGACUGGUCUGAGUGCUCCAGCAGCUGCGGGGCCGGCUGGCAGCGGCGGGCGGUGGAGUGCCGCGACCCCAGAGGCCAGGCCUCCACCACCUGCGACGAGGCUCUGAAGCCGGAGGAUGGCAAGCCGUGCGGAAGCCAGCCGUGCGCCCCGUGACCCAGCGGGCGGGCCAGGCUUAUGCUCGUGGACUCGGGGUGCGGGGUGCAGACCAGGGUCACGCUACGGUGACCCCACGUCUGGGGGUGGCGUGGCCUGCCUACCCAGGCCCCCCGCUGCUGCAGCUGGGCAUGAAUCCAUGGGGGGAGGAGAGGAGAGGAGACAGACCACAGAUGCUAAAGUCUACUAUCUAGUGGGUUGGACCUUGCUUGGGUUCAAGUAGAGGGCAUAGGUUAAAAGGUAAAGAGUGCUCUUACAGACCCAAAAGGAAGACUUGGUCAGCCUGUUUGCAAAGGACUAACAAAGUUAAACGAAAAAAGUUUUUUCUACUUGGUACCCUCGUUAAAUAAUCUACCUCAGAGGGGAAAAAAUUAGUCAAAGAGAGAUGUGGAGUAGGGGUGGAUGGUGAGUGUCAAAGCAAGCACUGUAGCUGCACCCCAAACUGUCUUCAGAAAUGACCAGGCGUGUCUUCAGUAUUAAACCCAUCGCCUGGAGGGCUGCGAGUCGCAGGAUUGUGGAGAGCCCCGUGUUCUCGGGCUCCCACCUGCAGGGGUGGAUCCAUUUCAAGUAUUUAUACAAAUGUGUCUCUGAACUAAAGUGUGAUCUUGCGCCAA